AUGACUGCGGUGGAGCAACCUUGUUAUACACUAAUAAAUUUGCCAACAGAUUCGGAGCCCUACAAUGAAAUGCAACUAAAAAUGGAUUUAGAAAAGGGUGAGGUUAAAGUAAAGAUUAGAGCAUUAGAAAAGAUAAUUCACAUGAUUCUGGCAGGAGAAAGGCUACCAAAUGGAUUCCUAAUGACAAUCAUAAGAAAUGUCUUACCUCUACAAGAUCAUUUAGCAAAGAAACUAUUAUUGAUUUUCUGGGAAAUAGUUCCAAAAACAAAUCCAGAAGGUAAACUACUGCAAGAGAUGAUUUUAGUAUGUGAUGCCUAUAGGAAAGAUCUGCAACACCCAAACGAAUUUUUGAGAGGUUCAACACUUCGCUUCUUAUGCAAACUGAAAGAACCAGAAUUGUUAGAACCACUAAUGCCCAGUAUUAGAGCUUGUUUAGAUCAUAGGCACAGCUAUGUGAGGAGGAAUGCUGUACUUGCAAUUUUUACUAUCUACAAAAAUUUUGAAGCCCUCAUUCCAGAUGCUCCUGAACUAAUUUCCAACUAUUUAGAUGGCGAGCAAGACAUGUCUUGUAAAAGAAAUGCCUUUUUAAUGCUUCUUCAUGCAGAUCAAGAAAGGGCAUUGUCAUAUUUGGCGUCAUGUUUAGAUCAAGUAAAUUCAUUUGGAGAUAUUCUACAACUGGUAAUCGUUGAGUUGAUAUAUAAGGUGUGUCAUUCCAAUCCUGCUGAAAGAUCCAGAUUUAUUAGAUGUAUAUAUAACUUGUUGAACUCAAGCAGUCCUGCUGUCAGGUACGAGGCUGCAGGAACUUUAGUUACCCUCUCCAGUGCCCCAACUGCUGUUAAAGCUGCAGCCAGCUGUUAUAUUGAGUUAAUUAUCAAAGAAAGUGACAACAAUGUAAAACUUAUCGUUUUAGACAGGUUGAUUGCGCUUAAGGAGCUUCCCAAUCACGAAAGAAUUUUGCAGGAUUUGGUUAUGGAUAUAUUGAGAGUACUCUCUGCUCCUGAUUUAGAAGUCCGCAAGAAGACUUUAAGUCUGGCCCUUGAAUUAGUUUCUUCACGGAACAUAGAAGAAAUGGUAUUAGUAUUGACAAAGGAAGUGAGUAAAACGGUAGACAGUGAACAUGAGGAUACAGGAAAAUACAGGCAAUUAUUAGUAAGGACUUUACAUUCGUGCUCCAUUAAAUUCCCAGAUAUUGCACGUAGUGUUAUACCAGUCUUGAUUGAAUUUUUAUCUGAUAAUAAUGAAUUGGCUGCCACAGAUGUAUUACUGUUCUUAAGGGAAGCAAUACAGAAGUUCAAAGAAUUACAACCGUUAAUUAUUGAGAAACUCAUCGAAACUUUUAAAGACAUUAAACUGGUCAAAGUCCAUAGAGCAGCGAUUUGGAUUUUGGGAGAGUACGCCAGUACUGCUUCCGAUAUCGAAGUUAUCGUUGGAGAAAUUAACAGAUUGUUGGGCGAAGGAUCCCUCGUUGAAGCUGAGCAGAAAUUAAUAGCAGGAGAGACGGAAGAGAACGCUCCUGUACCUGCUGCAGGCGCCACCACUUUGGUUACUUCUGAUGGAACAUAUGCUACCCAAUCAGCGUUCAACACUGUGAGCCAAACUACGAAAGAAGCACGACCUCCGCUAAGACAGUACCUCAUGGAUGGUGAUUUUUUCAUCGGAGCCUCUUUGGCAUCUACAUUAACCAAACUGUCUUUGCGGUAUGAGGAUCUUAGCUCUCCUGCUGCUAGCAAUGGUUUCAAUGCCAAAAUUAUGCUCAUUAUGGCUGGAAUUCUCCACUUAGGGAAAUCAGGACUUCCCACAAAAUCAAUAACCAACGACGAUAAAGACCACAUUCUCUUCUGUUUACGAGUUCUAUCGGAUCGUUCUCCAAUUAUUGUGGAAAUUUUCAAAAAAUUAUGCCGUUCGGCACUAAACGAGAUGCUGCUAGCUAAGGAAUCAGUCGAAGCUAUCUCGCAAAAGAGCAAAGAGAAAAACAAGCGCACUAUACAAACUGACGAUGCUAUAAGCUUCCUACAAUUAGAAACAGAUAAAAGUGGAGAAUUGGGAGAAAACGUAUUUGAGAUGUCGCUAUCACAAGCUUUAGUAGGCGGUCGAACGGGAGGUGGCGAAUCAGUAUUAAGUUCCAAUAAAUUAGACAAAAUUACACAACUGACUGGUUUUUCGGAUCCAGUUUAUUCAGAAGCAUAUGUUCACGUAAAUCAGUACGAUAUCGUGCUUGAUGUGUUAAUCGUAAAUCAAACCAACGAUACUUUACAAAAUUGCACACUAGAACUGGCUACAUUGGGCGAUUUGAAAUUGGUAGAGAAGCCUCAACCUGUCGUAUUGGCUCCUAAAGACUUCUGUAACAUUAAAGCGAACGUGAAAGUGGCCUCAACUGAAAAUGGAAUUAUAUUUGGUAACAUUGUGUAUGACGUUAUAGGAGCGGGUUCAGACAGGAACGUUGUAGUUUUGAAUGAUAUACACAUAGAUAUAAUGGACUAUAUAGUGCCUGCUAGUUGUACAGAUAGUGAAUUUAUGAGAAUGUGGGCGGAAUUUGAAUGGGAAAAUAAGGUAACGGUUAACACACCCCUCACAGAACUCUCAGAAUACCUCGAACAUCUACUUAAAAGCACAAAUUUGAAAUGUUUAACGUCAGAAAAAGCUCUGAGCGGGCAGUGCGGUUUUAUGGCAGCCAAUUUAUAUGCAAAAUCCAUUUUUGGAGAAGACGCUUUGGCCAACUUAAGUAUAGAAAAACCAUUUAAUAAACCCGAUGCACCAGUAAGCGGCCAUAUUAGAAUAAGGGCCAAAAGCCAGGGUAUGGCCUUAAGUUUAGGAGACAAAGUCAAUAUGACACAGAAGAGCACACAACAUAAAGUAGUAGCUGCAUAA